ACCUAAUUCUCUGCUGCACAGAAAGCCCUUGCUCGCAAAUGCUGUUCUGCCAGCAGCUCGGAGCAGCCAUUUCUGACACCACGAAGACAAAAGAAUACCAGUGACCAAGGUAUAAGCAGGGGCACUGGAAACACACACAAUGUCUUAUAGAAGCACAACAAGAUGCAUUUAUUCCACCCUUCUCCUCAUGUUGACAGUCGGGCUUCCCUUCCUGAAGCUUGUCCUAGCAGACGAACCAUCUGGCACGACGAUUCCUCCAGAAAGUCGCCCCUGUGUGGAUUGUCACGCCUUCGAAUUUAUGCAGAGAGCCCUGCAAGACUUGAAAAAGACGGCGUAUAAUCUAGACUCGCGGACGGAGACGCUUCUUCUAAAGGUGGAAAGGAGGACGCUGUGCGACUGUAUCUCUGCGGAGGGUCUGAGCUGAGGAUCCCGGGCGCCUGCUGAAGGGAUACCCGCGCAGCCCUUGCGCUGCCCGGGAGGAUUGCCACGCGUUACUCAACAGCGCUUGGCAGAUCUCUCCGGCAGCGCAAGUAUUUAACGCCGACCGUUUAACGAAUACAGAUUACACUCGACCAACGCUUAGCAGCUCGACACAGAAAUGCGCAUGUGUGUGAGAAGGCAUUAUUUCCAAGGAUUUCUUACUUAAUUCAAUAUGUUUUUUUCUUAUUGCUAUUAUAUUCUUUUUUUGUUUAUGUUGGAUAAAUUGCAAUAUACUUGCAUUUUAUAAAAUAUAUUCACACUAGUACGAAUGCAAUGAAAAAAGUUUCUGUGCACUUAAAAAAAAAAAAUGAAAUAAAAAAUAAAGAAAAAGAAAAAAUGGAAUUACACACAUUAUCGGUGCCACGUGAAUUUUCCUGGAUCACAUUUUUCACCCCAAUAUUGGGAACAAUAGUGGAAACUGUUUAACUCUUUGCAGCUGGUAUGCCCAUUAUGAUUUGUGAAAGACCCUGAACACCCCUUCUAUAUUUUAAAGACACAAAACAACAAUUUUCAUUUUUAGUGGCAUUUGGCCAUUACAUUUCUCCCCCAUAUUUCUCCCCAUCCAUAAUAUUACC